GCAGUGCGUGUCGAGGAAAUCCGCGCUGAAAAGGAAGGAGCCGACUUUAGCGGGUACACAACAAAACAGCAACCGGGCAAAUCACAGUAUUAACCACAACAGCAUCUUCUUGCUUCCGUUGCUUUGCUCUCGGGCAUUGUAACACGUCGCCGAGUCGGGAACAUGGCCGAUAAAGAGGUGUACGAUGACGCCGUGGAGGAGAGGGUCAUCAACGAGGAGUACAAGAUCUGGAAGAAAAACACGCCCUUCCUGUACGACCUGGUGAUGACCCACGCGCUGGAGUGGCCCAGCCUCACUGUCCAGUGGCUUCCUGAUGUCAGCAGGCCCGAGGGGAAGGACUACGCCGUGCACAGGCUGGUGUUGGGCACCCACACGUCAGACGAGCAGAAUCACCUGGUCAUCGCCAGCGUCCAGGUGCCCAACGACGACGCCCAGUUUGACGCCUCACACUACGACAGCGAGAAAGGAGCAGAGUUUGGCGGUUUCGGUUCAGUCAGUGGAAAAAUAGAGAUUGAGAUCAAGAUCAAUCAUGAAGGAGAGGUGAACCGAGCGCGCUACAUGCCCCAGAACCCCUGCAUCAUCGCCACCAAGACGCCCACCUCCGACGUGCUGGUGUUCGACUACACCAAGCACCCCUCCAAGCCAGAUCCCAGUGGAGAGUGUAGCCCCGACCUGAGGCUCCGCGGCCACCAGAAGGAAGGUUACGGCCUCUCCUGGAACCCAAACCUCAGCGGCAACCUGCUCAGCGCCUCCGACGACCACACCAUCUGCCUGUGGGACAUCGGUGCCGGGCCGAAGGAGGGGAAGAUCGUGGACGCCAAGACCAUCUUCACCGGCCACACAGCGGUGGUGGAGGACGUCUCUUGGCAUUUGCUGCACGAGUCCCUGUUUGGCUCGGUGGCCGAUGACCAGAAACUCAUGAUAUGGGACACUCGCUCCAACAACACGUCCAAGCCCAGCCACUCGGUGGACGCUCACACCGCCGAGGUCAACUGCCUCAGCUUCAACCCCUACAGCGAGUUCAUCCUGGCCACCGGCUCCGCUGACAAGACUGUUGCAUUGUGGGAUCUCAGGAACCUCAAACUGAAGCUACACUCCUUCGAGUCCCACAAAGACGAAAUUUUCCAGGUCCAGUGGUCUCCUCACAACGAGACCAUCCUGGCCUCCAGCGGCACCGACAGACGCCUCAACGUCUGGGACCUCAGUAAAAUCGGGGAGGAGCAGUCGGCCGAGGACGCCGAGGACGGACCGCCGGAGCUGCUGUUCAUCCACGGCGGACACACAGCCAAGAUCUCCGACUUCUCCUGGAACCCCAAUGAACCCUGGGUAAUCUGCUCUGUGUCUGAGGACAACAUCAUGCAGGUCUGGCAGAUGGCGGAGAAUAUCUACAACGACGAGGAGCCGGACACGCCCGCGUCAGAGCUGGAGGCCCAGGGAUCGUAACGCCGCCCCCUCCCCCCCCCCCGCAGAGUCCCGGUCCAGGCUCGACCUCCUCCCCGGGCGUCUCCCAGUCCAGCCCUCCUCCCGUUCUGUUCAUCCGCUCGCCAUCAAACACCCGCCGGUCCGCUCUGUGGACGAGCCGGGCCGCUCGAGGACGACUCAGCCCCGUUCUGCUCACACACACCCCGCCCCGCCCCGCCCCGCCCCGCCCCGCCCCGCCCCGCCCCGCCCCGCGGCCCAGGUACCCAAAAGCACUUGAGCACUUAGAAUAUUUCUCCCAUUGGUUUACAACGGACAGGGUCGGCCUUUUCAGCCCUGCUUUCAUGUGGUUACGCCCCCGGGGUUAGAGAGCACGAAGUCCAUGUGCACAAAUAAACCACAACUUAUUGGAAAACUAAAAUAUUCAACAGUAAAUUUGUACCACGGCGUGUCAGGGCCAUUGUAGAGGGGGAAAUGACAGAGUCAGGGGAGGGGGCGUGAUAUUCAGAGAAAAAAAACUCAAAUUCUACUUUGACAUGGGAUUCGGGAACAAGGAGAUCCUGCUGAUUUGAGCCCAGAAUCAGCAGAUUGUCACAGCAACGUCUCUUCAGAGUCCACAUGC